GCUCUGUGCCCGCCGCCGGCCCGGGCCCGAGCGAUCGCGGGCACCCCCUCCCCGGGCCGGCAGGAUGCCCCGCGGGCGAGCCUGGACGCAGGCGGAGGUCAGCAGCCUCCUGUCGCUGGUGGGGGGCUCGGGGGAGGCCGCCCUGCUCAUGGCCUCCACGUCGCGACCCAACGAGGCGCUGUGGCGGGAGAUCUCCCGGGGGCUGGCGGCGGCCGGCUACGGGCGCAGCGUGGCCCAGUGCCGCUCCAAGUGGAAGGCGCUCAAGCAGGCUUUCCACUCAGAGCGGGAGACGCGCCGGAGGGCAGGACACCACUCGCCCCGGCUGCCGCCGCACUACCGAGCCAUGAAGAGCAUCUGGAAGGCGGCUGGGAGGCCCGUGUUCGGCGAGCGGAGGAUGCCAGAUAUGGUGAAGCUGCCUUCCAGGAAGCGCAGGUCAGCCCGUGCCACACGGUCUUCGUCCUCACCAGAGCCACCAGAGCACGAUGUUGGCGGGGAUGACCCUGGCACGCUCCUGUCGCCGAUGCUGCAGUGUGCAAAGGGCGAGCCACAGAGUCCAGCUGAUGGGGACCAUGUUGCUGGAGUGCCACCCACGCACCCCACCAUGCCACACGCCAGUUGCUGCUUCCCUCCCCUCUCCCUCCUGGGCUGUCACACUGAAGUGAAGCAGGAAGGAGCUGAGGAAAAGGCUGGUUUUCCUGGUGAGAUGUCCCUGGGGACGGGAAGAAGAAACCAAAUGCUGCCAGCGGCUGCCACAGCCACAGGCUCCCACGGGACAGCAGCCAUGAGCGAGCAGCCAGCAGCAGCUGAAGAUGCAUCAGACCCCAGCCUGCAUGGGUCUGGUGUGGCGGGCUUGCUCCAGAAYGUCCAGCAGCUGCUGGUGCAGAUCCUGCAGACGUCACGGCAGCAGCAGGCGCUGCUGGAGAGCCUGGCCAGUGACACAGUGUCCCACCUGCACCUCCUCUCCCACAGCCUCGUGCAGGUGGGAGAGACCCUGCACCAGCUCCUGCUCCGGCCGCAGACCCAUCCUGGCCCCAUUGGCCACUACAUCCCCCACAUGCCCCUUCUUGAGGGUGGCCCCGGAGUGCCCUGCUCCCCCAGUGCUCUCCACACUUCCCUGGAUCACAAAGAGGAACCUCAGCUGUCCCCUAAUGCCAGGUGCAUCACCCCAUGAGUGCCACCRGCACUGGCCCCAGGCUUUGCUACACAGCCACGGCACAAAUCUUUAUAGCAGAGGUUCCAGAUAUUUUGAAAGUUUAUACUAGAGAGACAUUUUAAUAAAAUUAAAAAUAGC